GGGAAACAAAAAUGGCGAACGGCUGCGGCGGAGCCGGGCAGUGUGUGAAUCGGCUCUGACCCUCCCCCACUCUCCGCCCGGCGAGGGCUGUCUGGGGGCGCUGCGCACGGAGGGCCCGGCCCGGCCGCAGAGAGGCUCUGGGGGGAGGGUGCUGAGUCCGCUGAUUUCCCUGCAUGAGGCGGUUGGCACCACUGGAGAGACCGAAUGAGAGACUCUACAGGGGUGGGUAAUUCACUGGUCCAAAAGCGGUCUCCUUUACCUCGAAACCAAAAGACACCAACAUCCUUGGCCAAGCUGUCCUUACGGGAUGGACAGAAAGCCAAAAAGCCAGUGUGUAAAUUUGAAGAAGGUCAGGAUGUCCUAGCGAGGUGGUCAGAUGGCUUGUUUUAUCUUGGAACUAUCAAAAAGAUAAACAAAUUGAAACAGAGCUGCUUCGUUAUAUUUGAAGACAGUUCCAAAUCCUGGGUUCUCUGGAAGGAUAUACAAACAGGAGCCACUGAAAGUGGGGAAAUGGUCUGUACGAUAUGUCAGGAAGAGUAUUCCGAAGCACCUAAUGAAAUGGUUAUAUGUGAUAAAUGUGGCCAAGGUUAUCAUCAGCUGUGUCACACACCAAAUAUUGAUUCCAGCGUGAUUGAUUCAGAUGAUAAAUGGCUCUGUCGACAGUGUGUUUUUGCAACAACAACAAAGAGGGGUGGUGCGCUGAAGAAAGGACCAAAUGCCAAAGCGCUACAAGUCAUGAAGCAAACAUUACCGUACAACGUAGCAGACCUUGAAUGGGAUGCAGGCCAUAAAACCAAUAUUCAGCAAUGUUACUGCUACUGUGGAGGCCCUGGAGACUGGUAUUUAAAGAUGCUGCAGUGCUGCAAAUGUAACCAGUGGUUUCAUGAGGCUUGCGUGCAGUGUCUCCAAAAGCCAAUGCUUUUCGGUGACAGGUUUUAUACAUUCAUUUGCUCAGUUUGCAGUUCUGGACCAGAGUACCUCAAACGUUUACCCUUGAGAUGGGUAGAUAUAGCACAUCUAUGCCUUUACAACCUAAGUGUUAUUCAUAAGAAGAAAUACUUUGAUUCAGAGCUUGAACUUAUGACAUACAUUAAUGAAAACUGGGAUAGAUUGCACCCUGGUGAGCUGGCAGACACACCAAAAUCUGAAAGAUAUGAGCAUGUACUGGAAGCAUUAAAUGAUUACAAGACCAUGUUUAUGUCUGGAAAAGAGAUAAAGAAAAAGAAGCAUUUGUUUGGCUUGAGAAUUCGUGUUCCUCCUAUGCCACCAAAUGCUGCUUUAAAGGCGGAGAAAGAACCAGAGGGAACAUCUCAUGAAUUCAAAAUUAAAGGCAGAAAAUCAUCCAAACCCAUACCUGAUGCAAGGGAAAUAAGUAAUGGCAUUGAAAAACAGGGGAAGAAAAAAUCAGUAGGUCGUCCACCUGGCCCAUAUACAAGAAAAAUGAUUCAAAAAAUUUCAGAGCCGCCAUCUUUGGAUAAGGAACCAGUCCCAGUGCUAGAGAACCCGGCCUUGGAUUUACCCUGCUCUGUUGGGAGAUCUGAUGGAACUGCUCAUUCAUCCAAUACCUCAGAUGUGGAAUCCACAGGUGCUGCCAGUACAAAAGAAACUACCUCAUCUAGCAUUUCCAGGCAUUAUAGUAGCUUAUCAGACUCCAGAAAAAGGACUCGUACAGGAAGAACUUGGCCUGCUGCAAUACCACAUUUGAGGAGAAGAGGUCGCUUUCCACGAAAAGCACUCCAGCCUCAGAAUUCAGAAAUUGUAAAAGAUGAUGACAGCAAAGAAGAUUAUCAAUAUGAUGAACUCAAUACAGAGAUUCUUAACAAUUUAGCAGAUCAGGAAUUGCAGCUGAAUCAUCUAAAGAACUCAAUUACUAGUUAUUUUGGUGCAGCAGGUAGAAUAGCUUGUGGUGAAAAAUACCGUGUUUUGGCUCGUCGGGUAACCCUUGAUGGAAAGGUGCAGUAUCUUGUGGAGUGGGAAGGAGCAACUGCAUCCUGACUGUAGGACUGAACAUGUUCACUGCACUGUCAUCUGUAGGUACAGUUUAUAACCCAUGGCUCUGAAGGAGACAUGUCUUUACUGUGUUUCUAAAAAAGAACCAAUUUAGCCUUAACAUGUACUUGUUAACAUUACAAAUAUUGUGAUAAAGAUUUUUCUUAAAAUCAGAUCUGAUACUUAAAUUUUUUAAUGUGACCAUUGUUAGAUUGUUUUAGGUUGGGAUAUUUUGAGUUACAAUUGCUUAUAAUGUGCAUGGUGUUUAAAAAAAGACUUUUUUUCUAGAUAACAUUCCAUGGAUACAGUUUUUUGUGAUUAGGGAAAAUACCUA